AUUAAUAUACUCUUUUUUAUCUCUAAACCAAACUACAAUGGCUUCAGUAAUUGAGCAAUGCCAGGUUGAGCCCCAUCCCAGCGGUGCAGCUGAGCUGACGCUCCGUCUUACCUAUUUUGAUCAUACCUGGUUAGCUUUUGGACGUAAUCGACGGCUAUUAUUCUACAACCUCCCUAUUUCCAAACCCCAUUUCGUCCAAACCAUUAUUCCUUCUCUUAAACAUUCACUCUCCCUCGCUCUCAAACACUAUACAAUCUUAGCUGGAAACCUUGUUUGUCCAAUUAUAAACUCAAGUGGUUAUCCUGAGUUGCGCUACAACACAGGAGAUUCUGUAUCUGUUAUCUUUUCUGAGACAAUUGAUAUGAAUUUCAAUUAUCUCAUUGGUAACCAUCCCCGAAAUGCUAAGGAUUUGUAUCCCUUAAUUCCUCAAUUAGCAGAACCUAAGGAUGCACCAGGGGUCCAAUUAGCCCCGAUUUUAGCCAUCAAAGUGACACUUUUUCCUAAUUUUGGCAUAUCCAUUGGUUUCAGUAACCAUCACGCCGCCUGUGAUGGAAAUACUAUAGUAAGAUUCACUAGAGCAUGGGCUUUGCUAAACAAAUUCUGCGGAGAUGAGCAAUUCUUAGAAAAUGAUCAGCUCAUUCCAUUUUACGAUAGGUCCAUAAUAAAAGACCCUCAUGAACAAGGGAUGUCUAUAUGGGAUGUAAUGAAGACAUUUAAAGUGGAGAUGCGUGACAUAAUUGUGAUUCCUGAUAUUGAUAAAGUUCGAUGUACAUUUAUUAUAGGACAUAAUGAAAUCACUAAGCUCAAGAAUUUAAUACUGUCAAGACGACCAAGCCUAGCUCAUGUGACAUCUUUCACAAUAACAUGUGCUUAUGUGUGGACUUGCUUGGUAAAGUCAGAGGUCACCACAAUCGAGAUAACAAAUGAGAAUGUAAUGGAGUUUUUUGUAUGUGCAGCAGAUUGCAGAGCGCGAAUCAAUCCACCACUUCCUCCAUCUUAUUUUGGGAAUUGCGUAAUGGGGUAUGUUACACAAACAAGGCGCAUUGACUUAAUUGGAAAGGAAGGAUUUACAAUCGCGGUGGAAUUAAUUGGAGAAGUCAUUCAAAAAAGGACGAAAGACAAGGAAUGGAUCCUCAGUGGUAACUGGUUUAAAGAAUUUAGCACGAUAGAUACAAAACGGUUGUUGUCAGUUAGUGGAUCUCCGAAGUUUGAUUUAUAUUCUGCCGAUUUUGGUUGGGGAAAGGCUGAGAAGAUAGAGUCUGUUUCUAUUGACAAUGGUGGAUCAAUGUCCCUUACUAAGUCCAAGGAUUCGAAUGGAGAUUUAGAGGUUGGCUUGUCUUUGUCCAAAGCUCAAAUGAAUGCGUUUGCUGCUAUAUUCACUCAUGGUUUAAGCUUGUUGUAGGCAGGGGGAGCUAGGUGGGGGUUCAUGGGUUCGGACGAAUCCAAUAGCUUUUUCAUAGAUCCUGUAUUUGUACUAGAAAAUUUGAUAUAUAUAUCAACAAAGGGUAAGCAAGGAGUCGUGAAAAUAUUUUCCACACUAGAGUUGUGGAUUUGAAUUCACUAUCAACAAAAAGUAUA